AUGUUGAACAUUUUUUCUUCAAUUACUCUUUCAGCGUAUUCAAUUUCUUUAAACUUAACCAACUUUUGUGCCACUGGCAGCUCGGAGACUGAAUUUCUCGACAAAGUCACCAAGGAGACUAUGAGGAUGCUGAAUCGUUUAUCUCCAUGUAAAAUCCAAGGCUUUCCAGGUAUUGAACCACGAUCAAAGGAACUGGAGGAGUUAUUGAUGUUUGAUGAUGAUGAAUGUGUCCGUACCAUCGGAGUUCUUGGCAUGGCUGGUAUCGGCAAGACACUGGUUGCUGAUAGCGUAUAUAAGCGAAACUGCGGAAAUUUUGCUGGCUAUGCUUUCGUUGACGAUAUUGACAAAGAGUUGGAAUGGCAUCAGUUGUGUCAUUUGCGGGAGAAACUCCUCUGUAAACUAUUGGAAGCAGCAAGUUUGGAUAAAGAGCGCACAUUCUUUAUCGUGCUUGAUAAUGUGACGGAUAAAGAACAGAUAGAUGUUAUCAUUGGAGAUAAAUCAGUGUACGGACAAGGAACAAGGAUUGUUAUAAUAACCAGAGACAAGAAGCUGUUGCAGAACAAAGCAGAUGCAACAUAUGUUGUCCCGAGAUUAAAUGACAGGGAAGCUAUGGAGCUUUUCUGCAUGAAUGCAUUCCCCGGGAACCUCUUCCCCCCGGAAGAGUAUAUGGAUCUGUCAUACAGUUUUGUAGACUAUUCUAAAGGGCUUCCGUUAGCGUUGACGUUAUUAGGAUCCGAUCUACUUGGGAACGAUAAAACAUACUGGACGGAGAAAUGGAAGAGCUUAAAGGUAAUGCCAGACAAGGAGAUUCAGAAAGUGCUAGAAAAGAGUUAUGAAAAACUAGAUUAUAAACAGAAGAGCAUAUUUAUGGACCUAGCAUGUUUUUUCAGGUCAGAAAAAGCAGAUUUUGUUUCGACCAUCCUGAAAUCAGACCGUGUCAAUGCUGCAGCUGUGAUGACAGAACUUGAAGAUAAAUUCUUGGUAACUAUUUCUUAUAAUAGGCUUGAGAUGCAUGGUUUAUUCCAUACAAUGGGGAAAGAAAUUGGAUAUGAAUCAUCGGUGAAAAGAGUUGGCAAACGUAGUAGGUUGUGGAACAACAAAGAUAUUCGUCAUGUCCUGGAGCGGAACACGGGCACUGAGUAUGUUAGAGGCAUCUUCUUAAACAUGUCUAAUGUCGAGAGGAUCAAGCUUAGUCCUGCUGCUUUCAAGAAGAUGUCAAAUCUCAAAUUCCUGAAAUUCCACAAUUCUCAUUGUUCUCGGUGGUGUGACAAUGACCAUAAGUUCCAGUUCUGUGAAGGGCUUGAUCAUUUUCCAGAUGAGCUCGUGUAUCUUCACUGGCAGGGGUAUCCUUACGAUCACCUCCCAUCAGACUUUAAUCCGGAGGAACUUGUCUACUUAAAUCUGCGUUAUAGCUACAUUAAAGAACUGUGGAAAGAGGAACAGAAUACAGAAAAUCUUAGAUGGGUUGACCUCAGUCAUUCAAAAAGUUUUCUGAAUUUAUCAGGUUUGUCCAAGGCCAAAAAUCUUGAAAGACUUGAUCUCGAAGGCUGUACGAGUUUGGCAGUAUUGGGCUCAUCAAUCAAACAGAUGAACAAACUUAUUUACCUGAACCUUCGAGAGUGCACAAGCCUUAAGAGUCUCCCGGAGGGAAUCAACAUAAUAUCUUUGAAGACUCUGAUCCUCAGUGGAUGCUCAAACCUUCAGGAGUUUCAUAUUAUAUCAGAAAACAUCGAAUCUCUUUAUUUGGACGGCUCAGAAAUUGAACAAGUUGUUGAACACAUCCAAAGUCUUGGCAACCUUAUAUUGCUAAAUCUCAAGAACUGUAAGAGGUUGAGGUUCCUUCCCAACGAUUUUUACAAGCUGAAAUCCCUUCAAGAACUGAUUCUCUCUGGCUGUUCAGCGCUAGAGAGUCUUCCACCCAUCAAAGAGAAGAUGGAUUUCUUAGAGAUUUUGCUUAUGGAUGGAACGUCCAUCAAACAGACACCUGAAACAAAUUUCUUCAGUAACCUCAAAAAGUUUUCGUUCUGUGGAUCUAGUAUAGAAGAUUCCACAGGGCUGGCUUUCUCAGGCAGCUCUCGUGUGUCAGAUCUUUAUCUCAUGAAUUGCAGUAUCAAUAAAUUGCCGGACAGCUUUAGUUCUUUACACUCACUGCGGUGUCUAUGCUUAAGCAGAAACAACAUUGAGACUCUGCCUGAGAGUACUGAGAACCUUCAUUGUCUGUUGGUCCUUGACUUGAAACAUUGCCGCAGGCUCAAAUCUCUCCCGGUGCUUCCAUCUAAUCUACAGUAUGUAGAUGCUCACGGGUGUGUUUUUCUGGAAAAAGUUAGAAAACCAGUGACGCUUCCACUAGUAACUGAAAGGAUGCAGACUACUUUCAUAUUCACAGAUUGCUUCAAGCUGAGCCAAGCUGAACAAGAAGCUAUUGUAGCUCAGGCCCAACUCAAGAGUCAGCUACUGGCAAGGACAUCUCUUCAGCAUAGUCAUAAGAUUCAUUUCAGUCUUACCCUGUUGUUCUAA